AUGAGCUCCCUACAGUUCACCCCUCCUGCUGAAGAAGAAGUCUGCUGGACGGAGAAAGAAGCUCUGUGUCUGAAGAGACGGGACUAUCGUGGGUCCUCUGGGGAGCUUCAACAACAUCAUGAAGCUGACAAGGCAGAAAAGAGUCUCUCCACAUCAGGACACCUCAAGAAACACCAUCAGAGACCCACAGGAAAGAAACCUCACUGCUGCUCUGACUGUGGGAAACAUUGCAAAUCUUCAUCAAAACUAAAAAUACACCAGCGAGUACACACGGGAGAGAAACCUUAUAGCUGUAAUCAAUGUGGGAAGAGUUUUACUAAUUCAAGUAAUCUGAAAACACACCAGAGAACACACACAAGAGAGAAGCCUUAUAGCUGUGAUCAGUGUGGCAAGAGUUUUACUCAGUCAAGCAACCUGGUAACACACCAGAGAACACACACAGGAGAGCAGCCAUAUAGCUGUGAUCAGUGUGGCAAGAGUUUUACUCAGUCAAGCAACCUGGUAUCACACCAGAGAACACACACAGGAGAGCAGCCAUAUAGCUGUGAGCAAUGUGGGAAAAACUUUUCUCUGGGAGAACGCCUUAAAGAGCACCAGAGAACACACACAGGAGAGAAACCUUAUAGCUGUGAUCAGUGUGGCAAGAGUUUUACUCAGUCAUGCAAUCUGGUAUCACACCAGAGAACACACACAGGAGAGCAGCCAUAUAGCUGUGAUCAAUGUGGCAAGAGUUUUACUCAGUCAAGCAACCUGGUAUCACACCAGAGAACACACACAGGAGAGCAGCCAUAUAGCUGUGAGCAAUGUGGGAAAAACUUUUCUCGGAGAGAACACCUUAAAGAGCACCAGAGAACACACACAGGAGAGAAGCCUUAUAGCUGUGAUCAGUGUGGGAAGAGUUUUACUCAGUCAAGCAGCCUGAAUAGACACCAGAGAACACACACAGGAGACAAACCUUCUUACCACUGCUCUGACUGUAAUUUGUUUUUAUCUCUUGAUAUAUUUGACAGAUUGCCAGUAGUGUGAAAACCUGUCAUCAAGGUAAAGGGUGGCUACUUUGAAGAAUAUACAAUAUUUUUUGAU